CAGAGGGAGCUGUGCGCCGGACUUGGCGCACGCUCGGUGCCGCCCGCUCCCUCUUGCCGCCGCCGCCGCCGCCGCCGCCGCCGCCGCCGGGCCCGCCCGCCGGGGAGGGGCUCCCGGCCUCGCAGACAGCGGCUUCCUGCUUUCUGCACGUCCUCGCCGCCGCGCCGCCAGUCGGUUUGUGCUAGCUCUGGCCGUGAGCCGGCCGCCCGCUGCCGCCGUCCGCCCCGCAGCUGCCUGCGCCGCAGCCGCGUCUCGCGGCCAGCCCGGCUCGCUCAGGUCUGCUCCUGGAGCCCGCGCCCCUCCACGCUGCCCCCUGCCUGUCCCCGGCCAUGCUGUCCCUUCAGUACCCCGACGUGUACCGCGACGAGACCGCCGUACAGGAUUAUCAUGGUCAUAAAAUUUGUGACCCUUACGCCUGGCUUGAAGACCCCGACAGUGAACAGACUAAGGCCUUUGUGGAGGCCCAGAAUAAGAUUACUGUGCCAUUUCUUGAGCAGUGUCCCAUCAGAGGUUUAUACAAAGAGAGAAUGACUGAACUGUAUGAUUAUCCCAAGUAUAGUUGCCACUUCAAGAAAGGAAAACGGUAUUUUUAUUUUUACAAUACAGGUUUGCAGAACCAGCGAGUAUUAUAUGUACAGGAUUCCUUAGAGGGUGAGGCCAGAGUGUUCCUGGACCCCAACAUACUGUCUGACGAUGGCACAGUGGCACUCCGAGGUUACGCGUUCAGCGAAGAUGGUGAAUAUUUUGCCUAUGGUCUGAGUGCCAGUGGCUCAGACUGGGUGACAAUCAAGUUCAUGAAAGUUGAUGGUGCCAAAGAGCUUCCAGAUGUGCUUGAAAGAGUCAAGUUCAGCUGUAUGGCCUGGACCCAUGAUGGGAAGGGAAUGUUCUACAACUCAUACCCUCAACAGGAUGGAAAAAGUGAUGGCACAGAGACAUCCACCAAUCUCCACCAAAAGCUCUACUACCAUGUCUUGGGAACCGAUCAGUCAGAAGAUAUUUUGUGUGCUGAGUUUCCUGAUGAACCUAAAUGGAUGGGUGGAGCUGAGUUAUCUGAUGAUGGCCGCUAUGUCUUGUUAUCAAUAAGGGAAGGAUGUGAUCCAGUAAACCGACUCUGGUACUGUGACCUACAGCAGGAAUCCAGUGGCAUCGCGGGAAUCCUAAAGUGGGUAAAACUGAUCGACAACUUUGAAGGAGAAUAUGACUACGUGACCAAUGAGGGGACGGUGUUCACAUUCAAGACGAAUCGCCAGUCUCCCAACUAUCGCGUGAUCAACAUUGACUUCAGGGAUCCUGAAGAGUCAAAGUGGAAAGUACUUGUUCCUGAGCAUGAGAAAGAUGUCUUAGAAUGGAUAGCUUGUGUCAGGUCCAACUUCUUGGUCUUAUGCUACCUCCAUGACGUCAAGAACAUUCUGCAGCUCCACGACCUGACUACUGGUGCUCUCCUUAAGACCUUCCCGCUCGAGGUCGGCAGCAUCGUAGGGUACAGCGGUCAGAAGAAGGACACUGAAAUCUUCUAUCAGUUUACUUCCUUUUUAUCUCCAGGUAUCAUUUAUCACUGUGAUCUUACCAAAGAGGAACUGGAGCCAAGAGUUUUCCGAGAGGUGACGGUAAAAGGAAUCGAUGCUUCUGAUUACCAGACAGUCCAGAUUUUCUACCCUAGCAAGGAUGGUACGAAGAUUCCAAUGUUCAUUGUGCAUAAAAAAGGCAUAAAAUUGGAUGGCUCUCAUCCCGCUUUCUUAUAUGGCUAUGGCGGCUUCAACAUAUCCAUCACACCCAACUACAGUGUUUCCAGGCUUAUUUUUGUGAGACACAUGGGUGGUAUCCUGGCAGUGGCCAACAUCAGAGGAGGUGGCGAAUAUGGAGAGACGUGGCAUAAAGGUGGUAUCUUGGCCAACAAACAAAACUGCUUUGAUGACUUUCAGUGUGCUGCUGAGUAUCUGAUCAAGGAAGGUUACACAUCUCCCAAGAGGCUGACUAUUAAUGGAGGUUCAAAUGGAGGCCUUUUAGUGGCUGCUUGUGCAAAUCAGAGACCUGACCUCUUUGGUUGUGUUAUUGCCCAAGUUGGAGUAAUGGACAUGCUGAAGUUUCAUAAAUAUACCAUCGGCCAUGCUUGGACCACUGAUUAUGGGUGCUCGGACAGCAAACAACACUUUGAAUGGCUUGUCAAAUACUCUCCAUUGCACAACGUGAAGUUACCAGAAGCAGAUGACAUCCAGUACCCGUCCAUGCUGCUCCUCACUGCUGACCAUGAUGACCGCGUGGUCCCGCUUCACUCCCUGAAGUUCAUUGCCACCCUUCAGUACAUCGUGGGCCGCAGCAGGAAGCAAAGCAACCCCCUGCUUAUCCACGUGGACACCAAGGCGGGCCACGGGGCGGGGAAGCCCACAGCCAAAGUGAUAGAGGAAGUCUCAGACAUGUUUGCGUUCAUAGCGCGGUGCCUGAACAUCGACUGGAUUCCAUAAACAGUUUCGUGCUUCCUCCUGACAGCGACAGAAAACCUCAAGGGCUUUCCCACGUUGAAACCGAGAAACCACUGGGCAUAAUGCUUCCCCACGGGAACAUUAUUCCUGCACUCACAGACUACAGUUGAACAGAACUGCCGUGGGAAUUUUAUCUUUUUUAGGCUUCUCCUUUUUAGCAAGCCCUUGGCGUUUCUUUUUCCACCCUGUCUAGGCACAUGUGGUUUUUGUUUUUUUUUUGGUUUUGGUUUUUUUAAAAAAGGCAUGUUUGGAUAAAUAGCUAAAUGGCAACAAACACAUUGUGAAUAUUAGAUUGCUGAAUUAAGGAUCAUAGUCGGGCAUACUUAUCUAUAUCCAUAACCUCUAUAUCUUUAAAUAAAUGUGAGAACUGUUCUCAUGGAGAAGACUUCUUUGCAACAAUAAUAAAUGUUAUUUAAGAAUGA